AUGUCUCUUAAUUGCCUGAAAUGCCUUUAUAAGCAUCAAAGGUUAUGGGAAAGUAAACUUAAGUACCAAGGUGUCCAGAAGAUUCUGACCCAUCUAUACAAGCAGACAUCUGUGGAUUGGUUUGAGCUUGAAGCAUUUGCUGUCAGAGUGUCCACUGUGGAAGUUCUCUUUGAUCUUCUUCAGAAGAAAACAUUUGAAGACCAUCUGAGUUUUGAGGCAGGACUGUUGACCGAUUCUGAACAAAGUGGUGUAAGGCUGUUUCUGCUCAGUAUAGUGAAAAAUAUCUACAUAGAAGAUCCUUAUGGUGAUCGUGAUGAAAUCAUACGCUGUAUCAAGGUCUCUGCUGAGUGUGAGCUAAAGCAGGCACAGAGGAGGCUGAAAGGCUUUUCCCUCAGGCUGUCUCUUGAAUCGCAGAUAGCCACCAUCAACUGGAGAGAGUUUUUCCACACGUGUGUAGCAGACAGCCAGGGGGUUGAUGAGCAUGUGGAUGCUCUGAUUGUCUGCCUGAGCAGAAUGUCUGGUCUGGAGAUCGUCACAAUGACUGUCAGCUGCCUAAAUGAGUCCUGGGCCACUGGCUUUCUUCAGCUCUACCUGGCCGGCCCCUGCCUCCAGAGCAUUAGGUGCACCAUGAACAUAACAAAUGAAGGGUGUUCUGCAGAGGUGCAUAUGUACAACCAUGAAGGGGCAUUAAGGUGAGAGAAAGAGGCCAUCCUACAGUCAAAUGAGACCUGUAAGAACCCAAAACGUAAUAACUGCCCAUAAUGUAAUAACUGCCCAUAACGUAA